UUAAUAUUUAUAAAUUUUAAAUUUUACAUUAAUUUUAUAUUUUUUAACAUAUAUAUAAAAAAAUUUAAUUGAUAUAUAGUCUUUAUAGUCGUCACUCGUCAUACAGAUCACUGAGUUUCAAAAACUGUAUAAACUAAAAUAACUAAAUAAAUAUUAUCAAACAUCAGAAUAUAAUAUGAUUUUAUAGGAAAAUUAGUUAUUCUACAAAAUUACAAACAAUGUGUACUGUUUUAUUUUUUUUAAACCAUUUUAUCAUAUAGACAGAAAUCAGAAAAUAAUAAAUAAACACAGAUUUAUUGGAAAAAAAAAAUGUUGAAAUUAUUAAAAUUGCAACCAAGAUCUAUUGUUCGAACAAUUGCAACUCUCCAAAGUAACUUACCAGUUCAACAAAACUUAACAAAAUAUUUUCAAGAUAAAAUACGUAUAAAUGGCCCAAUUACAUUAGCAGAAUAUAUGCGAGAAUCAUUAAAAACAUACUAUAAUAGUGGAAAUGUCUUUGGUUCCGAUGGGGAUUUUAUAACAUCUCCUGAAAUUAGUCAACUUUAUGGAGAAAUGGUCAUGCUAUGGUUGUUAAGCUUGUGGGAAAAAGCAGGGUGUCCAUCUCCUGUGAAUUUAAUAGAACUUGGACCUGGAACCGGAGUUAUGAUGACAGAUAUGUUAAGAUUAUUAAAACAAACUCAAUACAGCUCACUUGACCUUAGCAUACAUAUGGUAGAAACAAGUAAAAAAUGUAGCCUAGAACAAGCCGAUAAACUAGGCUGUUCAGAUUUACGGACAGAUUCAGAUAAAUGUUAUUAUCAACAUGGUAUAACAUGUGAAAAAUAUGGAAUGAAAGAGAUAUUCUGGUAUGAAUCAAUAAAUGAUAUCCCUAGAAAUACAUUUAGUUUGAUAGUUGCUCAAGAAUUUUUUGAUGCUUUACCUGUUCAUAAAUUCAGGAAAAUUAAUGAAAAAUGGCGUGAAAUAGUCAUAGAUAUUGAAAAUGAUGUAAGUGGAACAUUUCGUUAUGUCUUAAGUAAAACAUCUACAACUACAUCAAAUUUAAUAUCCACAAUAGAUUAUUAUAAAUGUUCAAAUCUUAAAAAUGUUACUGAAAUUGAAGUUGGGCUGGACGCAGCUAUAGUGAUGCAGAAGCUAAGUGAGAGAAUAAUACUAGAUGGUGGAAUAUUUCUAUGUAUUGACUAUGGACAAGAUAAGCCAAUAAUUGAUACUUUUAGGGCUUUUAGUGGACACCAACAAGUUAAUCCAUUACAUAAUCCUGGAACAGUAGACUUGACAGCCGAUGUUGAUUUUAGUAGAUUAAAAAAUGUUGCUGGAAUCGAUAUCUUGGCUUUUGGACCAAUUGGCCAAAAUAUAUUUUUAGAGAAUAUGAUGAUUAAUUUGAGAUACCAAAAUUUGCUGACUUUAACAAAAAAUGAAAAAGAAGCAACAUCACUUACAUUUGGCUAUAAUAAAUUGAUGGAAAUGGGUAAAAAAUUUAAAAUAAUGGGAAUGGUACCAGCAACAAUGGCACCAUUAUUAAAUGAUUUUCCAGUUAGUGGAUUUGGAUUAUAUAAUUCAACAAAAAAAGAUAAUACUAUUGAAUUACAAUAAAUUAAAAAACGUAA